GCGUUUGUCAACAAGAAACCGUUUUGGUAUCUGGAGAAUUCAGUGAAUUCGUUUAGUUUUCUUUUGCGUACCAUUAGCUAGCUAAAUAUUUAAAGCCACUAAUGGUUAGUUGAAAACAGAACGCUGUUCUGCUAUCGCUUCCAAUCAUCAUGGCAGAAGUAGAGAAGGGAAGAAAACCAAGUGAAGAAUCCACAGAUGACUCUGAGGAAGAGGACAGCGAGGAGGAGCCUAAGCUGAAGUAUGAGCGACUGGCCAAUGGGGUGACUGAGAUUCUCCAAAAGGAUGCUGCCAGCUGUAUGACUGUCCAUGAUAAGUUCCUUGCACUGGGCACUCACUUUGGGAAGGUUUUCCUUCUGGACAUCCAAGGAAAUCUGACUCAGAAGUUUGAAAUUAGUCCAGUGAAGAUCAACCAGAUCAGUCUGGAUGAGAGUGGAGAGCAUAUGGGGAUCUGCUCUGAAGACGGCAAGGUUCAAGUGUUUGGACUCUACACAAGGGAGGGCUUCCAUGAGAACUUUGACUGCCCUGUCAAAGUGGUGGCGUUACACCCUCGGUUCAGCAGUUCAAACUACAAACAAUUUGUCACCGGAGGCAACAAGCUGCUGCUGUACGAGAAGAACUGGCUGAACCGCUGGAAGACGUCCACUCUGCACGAGGGGGAGGGCACAAUCACUAACGUCCAAUGGAGGGCAAAUCUCAUCGCCUGGGCCAACAAUAUGGGGGUGAAGAUUUAUGACAUCAGCACCAAACAGCGAAUCACCAAUGUCCUGCGGGAUAACGUCAGCCUGCGGCCUGAUAUGUACCCCUGCAGUCUGUGCUGGAAAGACAACUCCACCCUCAUCAUCGGCUGGGGCUCCUCCAUUAAGAUCUGUGUUGUGAAGGAGAGGGGCCACACAGAGUUGAGAGACCUUCCUAGCCGUUAUGUGGAAAUUGUGUCUGCGUUUGAAACGGAGUUCUUCAUCAGUGGCCUGGCGCCUCUAGCAGACCAGCUGGUCACCCUGUAUUUUGUGAAGGAGAACUCUGAUCACAUGGAGGAGGAGUUCCGAGCGCGGCCUUGUCUGGACAUCAUUCAGCCUCUUCCAGAGGGCUACGAGGAAAUCUCAUCAGACGCCCUGACCGUCCGCAACUUCCAGGAGAACGAGUGUCGAGACUACCGACUGGAACAUUCCCAGGGAGAAUCCCUCUACUACAUCAUCAGCCCUAAAGACAUUGUGGUGGCCAAAGAGAGAGACCAAGAUGACCACAUUGACUGGCUGCUGGACAAGAAGAAGUAUGAGGAAGCUCUGAUGGCUGCCGAGAUCAGCUUCAAGAACAUUAAACGCCAUGAAGUCCAGAAAAUUGGGAUGGCCUACAUCAAUCACCUGGUGGAGAAAGGUGACUAUGACACCGCUGCCAGGAAGUGUCAGAAGGUGCUGGGAAAAAACAUGGAACUCUGGGAGAAUGAGGUGUACAGGUUUAAAACCAUUGGGCAGUUGAAGGCCAUCAGUCAGUACUUGCCUAGAGGGGACCUGCGUCUCAGACCUGCCAUCUAUGAGAUGAUCUUACAUGAGUUUCUAAAGUCAGACUAUGAGGGCUUUGCCACGUUGAUCCGUGAGUGGCCAGGAGAGCUCUACAAUAACAUGACCAUUGUUCAGGCAGUCACCGACCACCUCAAGAAGGACCCCAUGAACAGCACCCUGCUCACCACACUGGCUGAACUGUAUACAUAUGACCAGCGGUAUGACCGAGCCCUGGAGAUCUACCUGAGACUGAGGCAUAAAGAUGUUUACCAGCUGAUCCACAAACACAACCUCUUCUCUUCCAUAGAAGACAAGAUUGUGCUCCUCAUGGACUUUGAUAAAGAGAAAGCUGUCGACAUGCUCCUGGAUAACGAAGACAAAAUAUCGAUUGACAGAGUGGUGGAGGAACUCAGGAACAGGCCUGAGCUGCUACACAUUUAUCUCCACAAACUAUUCAAGAGGGACCACCACAAGGGUCAGCGGUACCAUGAGAGACAAAUUGGCCUGUAUGCUGAAUACGAUCGGCCCAACCUACUGCCAUUUCUGAGAGACAGCAUCCACUGCCCACUAGAAAAGGUUCUGAGACACUUUCAAAACUGUGCUCAAAUACAAUUUUUGUUAAAAAAAUAUAUAUAUUUCACCUUUAUUUAACCAGGUAGGCCAGUUGAGAACAAGUUCUUAUUUACAACUGUGACCUGGCCAAGAUAAAGCAAAGCAGUGCGACACAAACAACAACACAGUGUUACACAUGGAAUGAAGUACAUUUCUUCGAAUUUAGAUGUAUAGUAUCUUACCAUGUAUGUCAGAUUACUACAUUAGAAGAAUAAUGAAUCAUCUUACUUCUGAAACUCAAGUGUGUUGCAACUGCCUUCCCUAUCUUUUUUUAGGCUCUAGAAAUUUGUCAGGAGAGAAACUUUGUGGAGGAAACUGUCUUCCUGCUCAGCAGAAUGGGGAACUGUAGACGCGCUCUUCAGAUGAUCAUGGAGGAACUGGAGGAUGUGGACAAGGCCAUAGAGUUUGCCAAGGAGCAGGAUGACGCUGAGCUGUGGGAGGAUCUCAUCUCGUAUUCCAUCGAUAAGCCACCCUUCAUUACUGGUCUCCUCAAUAACAUUGGGACACAUGUGGAUCCCAUUUUACUCAUCCACCGCAUAAAGGAGGGCAUGGAGAUUCCUAACCUCAGAGACUCACUGGUCAAGAUCCUCCAAGACUACAACCUGCAGAUCUUGCUCCGGGAGGGUUGUAAGAAGAUCUUAGUGGCUGACUCGCUGUCACUGCUCCAGAAGAUGCAUAGGACUCAGAUGAGAGGGGUCAGGGUGGAUGAAGAGAACAUCUGUGAAUCCUGUCACGCUUCAAUAUUACCAUCAGAUAUGGCCCAGAACUUCAGUGUGGUGGUCUUCCACUGCAGACACAUGUUCCACAAGGAGUGUUUACCUUCUCCUGGAACGAUUCCUGGGGUCCAGUUUUGCAACAUCUGCAGUGCGAAGCGGAGAGGGCCAGGAAGUGGGAUAAUGGAGAUGAAGAAGUAACAGGAAAUGCUCACCUUCCCAUGCCAUCACUUCAUCUUUCCCCAGUUGGAGUGAAUGGCAGUUAGCUUAUUCCUCUGUCACAGUGUGCUCUGUUGUAUCAAAUGCAUAAUAUGUUGUAAUGUUGAAGGUAGACUCCGCGAUAUGACGUAGAGGCAGAAAGUAAACUGCAUAGUGUGUACAUUUCCGCAACAACUAAGAGCAUUGAAGCACGAGGCUCAACUUCUCUGCUGUUUUGGCUCCCUGGCUACCAGGCUGUAACAGUGUGAAGCGAACCUGUGCAGAAACUGUGAGAGCGCAGUCUUGCAUCUCGCUCAUCCCAAUAUUUGUGGUGCUUCCUGUGGCCACGUCAUUUCGUUGAGUCUACCUUUAACUGUUACUAAAAUAAAAUAAGAAAUGCUGCACUAUUUCCUCUUAAUUCACUUCUUGCAAUUUGCAUUGAACCUCAAUGAUCAAUGAAUUUAGGAUUCCAAAUAAAAGGCUUUUGAAAUCUCAA